CUAUUGUUAUCAGGCGGUAGCCAACUCUGGCGCUGGCCUCCGGCGCACUCUAUAGUCACAACCCGCCCACCAAGAGCAACCGCAGGGGAGCGUCCCCCUGGCGGGGAUUAGUUUGGUAAUGCUGACAAGUACCGGUGGAUCCGGUUUCCUGAGGCGUUAGGGCGAUUCCCUCUGGGCAACGCGAAGUCGAGGCGAAGCCCGGAAAGCCUCUGAGAUUGAUUAUGGACGAGGUGCCCAAAAGUAGUAAUAACAAUUCAUCAACAUCUCCACAAGUAGCAUCUUUACAAGCCGCCUAGAGCAGCAGCCUCCAACCUUUUGGGCACCAUGGACCAGUUCUGUGAAGAAAGGCUGUUCUAAUGGACCGGAAGGGGGGGGUGUUGCGUGCUGCCUGUAUCCUGUGGAUGGGACUUGGCUUGUUUGUCAGCCUGUUUGCUGCCAUGCUGUGGCACGGGGGUUGGGGAACCCUGUCCUAGAGUAACCCAUGGUGAGAUAGAUGUCUCUUAGAGGUCCAACUCCACUAACAGUGGUACAUCUGUCUGGAGAUCAGGUCCAGGGAGUCAUUCAUACAACUCAGACUUCCUCUGUGAUUCACUCACCACAAGGACAAUCAGUACAGGUGUCAUUAUCAGAGAAUGAAGAUUCACAAGAUUCUUCGGAUAGCAUGGACUCUUCCCAAAAAGCAAGAGGUCUCUUAGCACGCCGUCCAUCUUACAGAAAAAUCUUGAACGAUCUUUCUUCUGAAGACACAAGGGAUAGGAAAGAUGAGUCAAAUGCUGUUGUCACUUCAGUGCCUGUCACUACACCUCUUUAUCAGACCAGCACUGGUCAAUAUAUUGCCAUUGCCCCAAAUGGACCAUUACAGCUGAGCAGUCCGGGUGCGGAGAGUGUGCAGGGCUUACAGACCUUCACAAAUGCUACUGGGACUCCACUAUUGCAGUAUGUGCAGACUUCUGAUGGCCAGCAGAUACUGGUACCAAGUAAUCAGGUAGUGGUGCAAACUGCAUCUGGAGAUAUGCAGGCCUACCAGUUACGCAGGACACCAACCGCCACUUCCCUUCCACAGACAGUUGUGAUGACAACGCCUGUGUCCUUGACAUCUCAGUCAACCAAAACAGAUGAUCCCCAACUGAAACGAGAAAUAAGGCUGAUGAAAAAUAGAGAAGCCGCUCGAGAAUGCCGCAGAAAGAAAAAAGAAUAUGUUAAAUGCCUUGAAAAUCGAGUUGCAGUCCUUGAAAACCAGAACAAAACUUUAAUUGAAGAACUAAAAACUUUAAAAGAUCUUUAUUGCCAUAAAAGCGUGUAAGAAAAGAAAGUAGAAGCUUUUUCACAACUAUCAAGGGGAUUUGAUUUUUAAAAAAUUAAAACGAAAGGUCAAAAAUCUCUUCAAAUUCUACAACUUAAAGACUUAAAAUAUUAUUUGAAAUUGUUGCAUGGCAGAAUAGCAAAAGAAAGCAUGAAAUUGUGUGAAGAAGCAUUCCUUUGGCACAACUGGAAUCUUGAUUAAAUCAGACUAUAUGGACAUACUUUCUGUCAAUCGAGCGAUUGAAUUUCAUGAGCUGUAGUUUAAUUUUAAAUGCUUGUUAACUUUUGAUUGCAGUUAAAUUGCAGAGAAGCUAAGACUGCCGUCAGCUGUAAAGGUCUAUUAACAUGUUUAAUCAGGGUAUAUUCACCUUUAUUCUUUAACCCAUCAUAUUAGAUCUGUGCAUGUAAAUUGAUAAGCAAUGAACUGCACAUCUGCAAUGAGCAUUCAUAUGUUGUGGUUUAUGCAGAGUCCAUAAGCUUCAAAUCCAUGCAUUCAGAGUUCCCCGUUGUGUGAUUUCUAUUUACUUUUGUCAUAUUAGUGCACAAGGUCACCUCUGUAUUUUUUGUAUACCUGGAACAGUCUUCAUAUAAGAAGGCUUUUCAGUUUUGUAUACAUAUUUUUUUCCUUCAGAUUGGAAGUUCUAAGCUGCACUAUAAUUUGUUGACCAUGCAUAUGAUUUCAAAGGCAGACAAUUUAAUUUUUUUAACGUGCUGUUUAUCAGUAUUGAUAAAAGCAAUGGAUUCCUUGUGUUGGAGGAACCUGAAGACAUGAAAUGUCUACCAAUCAUAGUUAUUCCCAUUUUUUUGAUGCUUUAUACAACUGAACAAAUGCUACUGGAGAAUACCUUGACUUUUUGCCUAUGCAUUUAGUCACAGUUAAGAAAAAUGUCUGAAAGUUGAAUUCAAGUCAAUGUGCAUCAUGUAUGCUAUUUGAAGAUGCUGCUCCUGACAUACAAUGACUGAGCAAAUGCCAAGAUCCUUAGCUCUGCCCAUUUUAUACCACAAAGAAACCAAAAUUACAAACCAAAGAUAAUGUACACAGAGAGACAUUGGAGUACUUAAUUUCAAGACAAUAUUUGUAAACCUAGUAGUAAUUUGUUAAAAUAAUUCUGAUUUUUAUAAAGAAGUAAUCCAGCUGGAAUUGGUCUCAGAUAUAUUUUUAUAGUUAAAAUAUUAACUUUUAUAUGGGUAUUUUAGAUAUGUACAAUUUCAGAAAGCAGAUAUAUUUCUCUCAGAUUGUCAACUUUAUAUUUGUAGAAAUUUUUUGAGAAACUAAAGCCUAUUUCUGUGUACUUUCAUCUGGUAGGGAUUAACAAAAAUAUUCUUGAAUAUUUUUUUGGGGGUGGGGGGAAAGGUUCCUAUUGUUCAUAGAAAAAUGCAUGGAUCGUUUCAAUAUGAAGAUGCUGUCAGGGAUAAUUACAUUAUUUUUUAUUUUCAAGAAAUGUUAAAGACUUAUUUUGAGUACCUAGUGAAUGUUAAACCAACAGUUGUUGCCACAAUACUUAAUCAUUCCAAUGAUACCCUUUAAAAUUACGACAUUUCAAUCCAUAUUUUAGGCCAAGAAGAUGCUAUUAUACUGCUACAUAUAUUAAAAUUCUGGGCAAUUUUGAGAUUAUCAUGAUACAUCAUUCCAUAGAAAAUGCCAUAAAAUCAUUCCUUCCAAUACCAGCAGCCCCAUGCCUUAGAGAACAGAACAGCAGAAUAUUUCUAUACAGCCAUGGAAUUGUGCAGAAAAUUGUUAAUAAACUUUAAAACAAAAAUGAUGGUGCCUUUCUCUCCCAAAACUGUUAGCUUCCAAGAGCUAAACAAGAAUAGAAGCUGCAUGGAUUUCUGCAGUUUUUGGGUUAACACAAAAAAAAACCUGUACAAUAGGCUUGACACAGCUUAUAUAACCUCCCCCAGCAAAGGAACAAUAACUGGAAAUGGGAGGCCCUUAAAAAAAGAUGCUGUCUCUGAAAAUAAGCCAUAUGCUUCUCUUGGUUCUGUUCUCUUUUAAAGACUGAAAGGGCAGCAAGGGGGGGGGUGGUACUUACCACUUUUUAUUGCCUAAGUUGGCUAUAGGCAAUUUAAUGCCUACCAGGUACACUGGACUGCAGUUCACAUUAUUCUAACCUGAUAUGACGGACAAAAAGGAUUGUGAGAAGUUGUGAUCCAUGAAUCUGGAGGACAUCAUAUUGCCCAUCUCUGUAAUUAAAAUAUUCUGAAAAGAGAAUUUGGAUUCUGGGUAUGGGUAUCUUUGGAAGCUCCUCUUUAGGGCUCCAUUUUCUGCAGGCACAAGCGGAGCUAAAUAAAUCUCAGCAACCAGUGCUAUGUGGUGACGUAGCAUAGAGGGCUGAUGUUCAGGAUGAAAUGUAGCUGAAGCUAUUAGUUUUGCACCAGAGCUCCAUAGUUAUACACUGUGGAGAGAAGGGUAUAUAUAUAUAUAUAUAUAUGUGUGUGUGCACGUGAACUUUUCCAAUUAUUUAUCCUCACCUGAAUGUUGAACUCUUAAAAAAAUGCCUAUGAUAUAUAUCUAUAAAAACUUUUAAUAAAUAAAGCUUAUCAAAAAAAACUCGUGUUCGUGUCUUUAAAAAUAAUCUCUAAGUAUGGUGUGCGUGCACACACACACACACACACACAGAGUGUCAGACUGCAAACACCCAUCAUCCCAACCAGCACACGCAAAUCUGGUUUGCCAUAUUGUUCACAUGCAUAAAAUGCAAACAGCUGCUGUUCAUAAAACAGCACCUGUGUUGCUAGUCUGUGCUUGUGUUAAUUUUAUUAUGUUCAGAAGAAAAUUGAAGUUUUCAGAUUUAACACCAACAUCUGGCAUUUAACACUAAGAUAUAACAUCUGAUAUCUAUAUUACCUUUUGCUAAUCUUAGCUCAGUAUUGCUGUAUGUAGGUCUCAAAAUAUAUUUAAUAGCAAAUAAUACUUUGGUAUUCAGAAACUAUUAAAAUAAUUAUUUGUUACUAUUUCAGAACAAGAAGAGGCUUUUUAAAAACCGUCUUUAUACAACCUGUUGAUGAAUAACUAUUCUGCAAAAGUAAACAUGAUUUGCAUUGCAACCGUAUUCCUCAUCACUAAUUUCUUGCACAAGACUACCAAUAGCAAGUAUCACCAA